AUGUAUGCCUCUCCGGUGUUUCCGUCCACUCCUCUGUGUAGAGCAAGCCCAGACGGCAGCCUGGUCGCCACGCUCAACGCGCAAACGAUCUCUGUGCGCUCCGUCGAGACGCUGCAGCUGAAGCACACGAUUCCGCUGCCAUCCACCCUCGGUCCCGUGACGUCUCUGCAGUGGUCGCCCUCGUCCGCUCGGCUGAUGAUCUGCGCUGGCGAGGGCGUCCACCUCUUCUCCGCGCACGCCGACUCGUCCUUCCACGCCGCCAUCCACAGCCCACUGCUCCCCGGUGAGAGGGCCAGCAUCGCCCGGUUUGGCGCCCGCGAUGCCGAGGUGCUCCUCUGCUCGCCCUCGGGUCUCAAGCUCGCCAUCUUCGACCUGGCCACCUCGACGGCCGUCGAGGUCGCCAACCCCAAGUUCCACCAGCAGUCGUCGGUCGGCCGCAGCUACUCGGUGCGCGCCGGCACCGAGCACCUGGCCGUCCUGACGCGCCUCGGCGGCAAGGACUUUGUGAGCAUCCACCAUCCCGUGUCCAGGCAGGUGCAGCGCUCGUGGGCGGCCGAGACGGUGGACGCGCAGUCCGUCUGCUGGACGCCGGACGGCAAGUGGCUGCUGCUGUGGGAGUCUGCCGCGCACGGGCACCAGCUGGUCCUCUACACGGCAGACGGGCAGCAUUUCAGAACAAUAACGGGCGCAAACCUGUCAGAUAACCCAGAUGCUGUGCUUGAGCUGGGCAUAAAGACAUGCCAGCCGAACCAUACAUCGGACCUCUGCGCCGUUGGUGACCACAGCCGUGCCGUUAUAUGGCAAGAGCAGCUGAAUACAUCAAGAGAUGGCCAAACAAUACACACCUUCCAGCGCGCAACGCAACCCAUCUCACCACCAGGCGUACCAUCCGACGGUAAACCGAUAGAAGCGAAACCCGGAUGUUCGAUCCUGGCCUUUGACGCCUCAUCCACGCUCCUUGCCACACGCCUCGACGACGCGCCGUGCACCAUCUGGAUCUGGGACAUUGCCGCCGCCGAGCUACGCGCCGUGCUCGUGUUUCACUCCGUCGUAACCUUUUCAUGGCACAAGCAUACGCGGGAGCUGCUUCUCAUCUCCACCGCGCAGGACGAGGGGGCGUUGACGUAUCUGUGGGAUCCGCUGCUGGAGGGGCCGACACCGGUUGUGCCGGAGGAAUUCAUCUCGACGAGGAGCGCGGCCGGCGGCGGCGCGCCACUGAAGGCGCAGAUUUCGUGGAUCAAUGCGGACAUGGAGUUUCCACUGGCGCUGCUGUCCACAGCGCAGCAGUACCGUAUCUUAUCGCUGGGCGAGGGCGACCAGGUCCCGGAGACGUGGCGCGGCGCUUCCAAGUGGGAUGACGAGGCGCUACCGAGGAGGAGGAUGGCAAGGGAGGCGUUUGACCCAGAUAUUUCUGACCUGUCGGUCGAUGAUGGCGCCGCGGUUGAGGACACAUUUUCGUUUCGAAAGAUGUGA